AUGCGAAGAACGACUCCCGCCCGUGCUCCGGCUCCUCCCGCCCGCAGGGGGCGCUGUGGGGCAGAGCGGCCGCCGGGUCCCGGGCCCGCGCGGGGCGGCGGUGCUGACCUUGGGGAAUUGGCCGGGCAUCGGGGCCGAGCAGGUGGCUGCUGCGGGUGGAGAACCGGGCACCGCUGCACUGUGGAGGACGGUGGACGCCGUCGGGGCCACGCCCUGCAACGGGCCAUGGUCGAGUCCGCUAGGAGCCCUUUGACUUUUGAGGAUGUGGCAGUUCAUUUCUCGGAGCAAGAAUGGCAGAAUCUAGAGGAAUGGCAGAAGGAGCUUUACAAGCAUGUCAUGAGAACCAAUUAUGAAAUGCUUCUCUCUCUAGAUGGUGGACUUCCCAAACCAGAACUGAUUUCCUGGAUUGAAAAGGGUACAGAAUCCUUCUGCAGCUGGGCAGAGGCACAGAAACUAGAAAACGUGAUUCACCCCUCUGUUGAUGUGCAUUUUGAUCCAGUUAUUGGGAAACAGCUAUUUGGAGGAGAAAAGGAAGCUAUUUCCUUUGGACCUGACCAAUGCAUGGAUCUCAUGAACGCACAGAGGCACAACCCUGAGGCUCUAACUGCAAUGGUUAACAGUUCCAGCCAGUCUGCUCAAAGAGAAGGGAUCUCAACUUACAAAGCUCUGGGUUUCCCUAGCUUUCUGGAAGUCCCUGUCCAGCAGCAUACCCACCACUCUUUGCCUGUCCACGGGGAAAACUCCUGGAAGAACCACUUCGUGAAGCACCAGAAGGGUCAUUCCAAGGACCCAUCACACAAGGUCUGGAAGAAGAUCAACAAACGGGCUAGUGCCCAGCAGCAAUGGGACACGGCAGGGGCACAGAGGCAUUUCCCAUGUCCUGAGUGUGGGGAGAGCUUCCGCCUGAAGAGCACAUUGCGAGCCCACCAGCAGCGACAUGGCAGAGAGAGGCCUUUCACCUGCAGCGAAUGUGGCCGAGCCUUUGUCCACCAGUGCAGUCUCCGAGACCACCUCAGAGUGCACAGUGGGGAAAGGCCCUUCCAGUGCCCAGACUGCCUUAGGAGCUUCCGCCUGAAGGGCCUUCUGAAGGCCCACCAGUUUACCCAUAGCAAGGAGAUGCCAUUCUCCUGUGGGGAGUGUGGCAAGGGUUUUACCAAGCAGUGCAGCCUCACUGGGCACUUGCGUGUGCACAGUGGCGAGAGGCCCUUCCAGUGCCCAGAGUGUGACAGGAGCUUCCGCCUGAAGGGGCAGCUGCUUAGCCAUCAGCGUCUGCACACAGGCGAGAGACCCUUUCAGUGCCCAGAGUGUGGCAAGAGCUAUCGUGUGAAGUCUGACAUGAAGACACACCAGUUGAUGCACAGCGGGCAGAUGCCAUUCUCCUGUGAGUGUGGGAAGGGCUUUGCCAAGCAGUCUAAGCUUGUGGAACACAUCAGGAUACACACAGGGGAGAAGCCUUUCCAGUGUCCCAAGUGUGACAAGAGUUUCCGCUUGAAGGUGCAACUGCUUAGCCACCAAGGCCUGCACACGGGGGAGAGACCUUUCCACUGCCCCGAGUGUGAUAAAAACUUCCGGGAAAGGAGCCACAUGCUCAGGCACCAGCGCAUCCACAGGCCUGAGAGGCCCUUUGCCUGUGGUGACUGUGGGAAGGGGUUCAUUUAUAAGUCCAGACUGGCUGAGCACAUCAGGGUGCAUCCAAAAUCCUGCCAGGCCCCAAGGAAGCCUGACAUUAAGACAAGGCUUAGCCAACUGUUGGCAAUGAUAGAGGCUGACUGGAGCUGAGGCAGGUGGGACAUCAAAGCAAUGGGCACAACUAAAUUACCAGGGAAUCCUUGGGGUUGGUAGUCAAACUCACUGGAAGGCAGAUGUUAGGAACUGGGGACUGGCUUUGAGCAAAAAUGUAACACAAAAUGGGAAUAUAGGAAACCAUAAAGGACUUUAUGUUUGGAAACUUCACCAAUUAUAUUUCCUAUCCAUUGGUUAAAAGAAGAUAUUUGUUCUUCCUGUUAUCUUAGGUGACAAUUUUCACCCAAAUGCACAGUUGCAUCUUAAAGUCCCACCUUGGGCAUUUGCUUGCAAAGCCUGCAGGACCAGGUUGAGUUCCCCAGUACUCACAUAAAGGCAGAGCAUAAAUUGGCACAUGAGUCUGGAGUUCAUUUGCAAGGGCAAGAGGCCCUUGUGCACCUAUACUUACUGUCUUUAGCUGGCUGUCACUUUCUCUUUCCCUCCCCUCUCUCAAAUGAAUAAACAAAAAUACUUGAA